GAUAUAUUAUACUCUUUGAAUAAGAGUUCGCAGACGCCUCUAAAUUUUUUAUGGGAUCGAAUUUGUCCUCAUUGUUCGGUAACGCUCCUUACCGGUGAAUCAUCUAAAUUUUGUUGCAAUAAUAGAAAGCGAGUCAUUCCACCCCUACCCGUUUAUCCUAUAGAAAUCAAUGAUGUUCUUAAUGACCCAAAUAUUAGUGCAUCUUCGCGAAAACUCAAUGCACUAUUUUCAUUCACUGCGAUCGGUAUACAAGGCCAGUUUGUACAACUUCCUGCACCAUCUUCAGUUAGCAUUUCUGGUCAAACUUACCAUUGUAUUUUACCAGCAAACAUUCCCAAUCAUUCAAUACAUUGGUAUCUUUAUGAUGAACAAGAGAGAUAUUACUCAGCUCGCAAUCGCGAAAUUCUGUAUGAAUGGGUAUCAUCAGUACAAAAUAUGCUAACACUAAUAAACCCUUAUGUAUAUUCAUUACAAUUACUCAGAGACAAUUUUUCCAGUACUGCAUUUCUGGAACUGCAAGAAAAUACCUCAAUAGGUGAAGUUGCUACUGUAAUUCAUGCAAAUAAUACC